UAGAUCUCUCUGCUCACAAAGAGUGCGAUUGAAAAAAAGGCGACUCAUAUAUUAUUCAGAAAUUUGUGAUUGCGCGUAUACAUCUCAUUGUUUUUUGUUGUCGCAACGUUUCCUCUUAAAAAUCUUUUCAAAGGAAUACGCAAAUAUUAUUUUUCUUUUAAAGAAAUAAAACUCUGCAAUUUGACGUGAAUAUUCUACGAGAUAUCUGGCCGUUUCGAAUAAAACAUCUUUGAUUUGUGCAAUACGAUAUGUCUUUCUUCGACAAUCGCUACUAUUAUCUCAACAAAAGAUUGCUGUCCAUAAUUGGUCAAUGGCCAUUUCAGUCGCGACUGAAGGGUAACAUAAUGUUCGCUGUUGCAUCUUUCUUCAUUUUCAGUUUUUCAUCCAUUCAGACUUGGGGCUUAGUAGCUGGGAUAACGGAUCUGGGUAUCAUCAUGAAGAAUGGUUCACAAGUGCUGGUGCAUAGUUACAUUAUUAUAAAGCUCAUUAAUUGUGCAGUUACUAAUAACAAAAUGAAAGUGCUUCUGGAGGACGUCGAAGAGACGUGGAAGAUGAAACAGUCAGGUCCAGAAAGAGAAAUAUUACAGUGUCACGCGGAGACAAGUAGAAUUUUCACAAAACGAUUUAUGAUUGCUUUUUACACGACGUGGGUGUUGUACAUUAUGCCAUGGGUUAUCGCGAGAGGGAUGUACAAGCUUUCCCCGACAAACAAAACAUACACGGCCAAGUUUCUGUAUCGUAUCGAACACGUUCUCGACAUGGACAAAUAUUACAACCUGUUGCUACUUCACGGGCUUAUGGCCGCAUUCUUCUUAUUAACCGUGUCAAUAUCCAUCAAUGCUGUGUUCACAGUUUGCACUCUGCAUAUCUGUGCAUUGUUCGAAUGCCUACGUUAUAACGUAGAGCGUAUACGAAGCACCGAUCCCGUAUCGCUGGAGCCAAAUAUUAAGGAUGAUGAAUCGUAUCAUGACUUAAUUGCCUGCGUUAAAUCUCACAAACAUGCCUUAAAACUUUCUGAUAUACUUUCAUCUAACUAUUCUAUGGCAUAUUUCUUUCAUUUGGGAAGUGUAGUUAUAAGCUUAAGCUUUGGCUCUGCUGAGGUAAAUAUCCAAAUUAAAUAUAAACACUUUAAACUAUUAUUGCUCUUUUUAUAUGUGAAAUGUCUAAUAAUGUUGCGUUUCAAGAUAAUAAUGCUAGACUUAAAACUGGGCGAAAUUAUCAGCAUCCUUUCUCUUAAUAUAACGCAAUUAGUACACAUAUUUAGUUUGUGUAUGCUUUCUCAAAGAUUGACCAAUCGAAGCAGCGAAGUUCAAGAUAUAAUUUACAGCUGCGAUUGGUAUAGGAUGUCAUUACGAUCGAGGCGUCUCGUGAUGUUUACAUUAAUGGGUGCAAAUAAGCCAUGCUAUAUAAAAGCUGGGAUGAUGUUUGUAAUGUCGAUGGAGACCUUUAGCUCGAUCUUAAAAUUAUCCUUAUCGUACUUCACGGUGCUUACGUCUCUGCAAAACGAACAGUAAAUUAGAAGUUUAUAAUAGAAUUAUAAAUGUAUAUAGUUUCUUGUAGAUAAUACAUGUUAAUAUCAUUAAUGUGUUUUUAUUUUAUACAGAGUGUCUCUAGAUAAUUCUGUUUUAAAUAAUUGAGAAAUAGCAGGAGAUAUGAAAAACUGUUUCAAGUAAAUUUUACUGUUUCGAAAAAGAUACCAUGAUGAUGGACAUAGUUCUUCUAAGUGGGCAUGUUCCCGAGAUUUCAAAGUAAUGCUGUUAUUUUUUAAAUGCAAUUAUGCAAUUAUUUUACAUAGAAUAUAAACGAUUAUCCAUAAGAACAUCUAUGAUCUCUUUCGAAAUACAAUAAGAUUUACUUGAAAUACAUUUUCCUAUAGUUUAGCAAUAUUUCAAACGGUACACAUUUAGAGAUAUCUUGUAUUCCAGGUAUAUUAUAUUUCAUUAGUGUCAAACUAUGUUAAAAAUUAAAUUAUUUUUUUAAUGCACUAAUUAGAACAUAUUCUCAAAAUAGCUAUCUAUUUUAUGUUGAUAUGGAUUAUUCUUUUACAUGAUAAAAUCAUAAUGCAAUAAUUAAUAAAUACAAAUGUAAAGUAUUAUUUUAUUGUUGUUAAUUAGGCAAGUAUAAUGAUAAAGUAAAUAAUCAUAAAGUAACAUAGUUAUGCAAAAAAUAAAAUUUAUUUUAAAGAUAAAGAUAGAGCAAAGUAUACAUUAUAUAAGUAUUAUGUACAUUAUACCAUGUGUAUAAGUUUAUUCAUAAUAAAUAUAAUUAUUUAUUAUAAAAUUAUUAAUAAAUAUAAAUAUUUUAAUAAA